ACGAAGUAAUCUCCAGCAGACCCUAUUUUCUCAGGGUUCAGAGAAAUUAUCUCUCCAAGGUUGGUGUCAGGCUUCAACGAAAGCAUCUUUCCACUGGGUUUUGCUCGAUAGUUGUGACUGAGAAACCCUAGAGAGGAAAACCCCUUCUAUCUUCUUAAUCCACUCCCUUCAACACUUGAAUCAUGGCGGGGGGAAAGAUGAGGAAGGAAAAACCUUCCCGAGCUGCAACAAAUUAUCAUCUCCAAGGAGGCAUUCCUUUCCACAAAUCAAAAGGACAGCAUAUCCUCAAGAACCCUCUACUCGUCGACACUAUAGUUCAGAAAGCAGGAAACAAGAGCACAUAUAUUAUCCUUGAGAUUGGUCCUGGUACUGGUAACCUCACAAAGAAGCUACUAGAUGCUGGUAAGUCGGUGAUCGCUGUUGAAUUGGAUCCUCGUAUGGUUCUCGAGUUGCAGCGUCGAUUUCAAGGACCUUAUUCCAAUCGAUUGAAGGUAAUCCAAGGAGAUGUGCUCAAGUGUGAUCUACCCUACUUUGAUAUCUGUGUGGCACUGCAGCUUUCACAGAAAGGGUCUUCAGAGGAUACAGAUAUAGCUAAGGAUGUGUCUGUUUUGGUAGACGCUAAUGAGGACAUGAAUAUGGAGAUGGAGGAUGGGAAAGAGGAUGAGGACUUGGAGAUGGAGGAUGGUGAUGCAGGAAUGGAGGGGUCUGAUUUCAAAGAUAAGGUUUUGGGUAUAUUGAAACAAGGAGGUUUUGAGGAGAAGAGGUCCUCCAAGCUUACACAAGUGGAUUUCCUGUACCUGCUUUCCUUGUUUAAGAAGGCAGGCAUUCACUUCUCAUGAGUUGAGGCCAAUGGAGUUUUUCUUUCUCUCAAUUUUGUAGUUGACCAAUUUUGUUUCGUCUGCUUGCCUUGGAUAGCCGGGUAUCUAUAUAUCUCUUCUUUACAAGAGAGAGCUGAGUGUCUAUUGUAUCCCUUUACCAUACAAGAGGAGGGAAGACUUCUAUUCUUGCGGAAUGCAGUUUUGCUAUUUGCGAGUCUCUUCAUCUAAUAAUUCGAGUUUUUGGGUUA